ACGUAGCUAGAGACGAAAUCUGUCAGGGAGGGGGGGCUGAAGAACAAAACAAUGACACGGCUCGGACGGAUUCAAAUAUAAGUGACACUGUCAGAAAAAGGACUUUUAAACCGGACAACACGGAUUCAUCAAAGUCAAAGAGUCCACGUAUGUCCUCAAACCUUGUGACGUCGACUACAUUUUGUUUUUGUUGAUAUGUUGUGGCAGCUCAUUUAACAGACCCGCAGGAGGCUAGCUGCCUGUUUGGACGGCUAUGCAUCUACAAGGCUCACUGCCUCUGUAAUUACAGCUUUUAUUUGGAAAAAAAGUUGAAAGUGUCCGUCAGAACCAGCUAGCUGAAACGAUGAAUGGGCAUGGCUCAUCUUCAGAAAAAGGAGUAAACACUAAUCUAAUAUGUCAAGAAAGUUAUGCCUGUGGUGGCUCUGAGGAGGCUGCGUUUGAGUGCGAUGACUGCAAAAGCCUGCAGUGUGUUCGUUGUGAGCUUGAGGUCCACAAACAGGAAGACUUGAAGAACCAUACGCGGUUUCAGAUAAGCCCCGGGCAUGUCCCCCUGUGUGACAAUUGCAAAGGAGCCAAUGGAGACAAUGGCAAACGCCACAGAGCUGUGGUCCGCUGCCAGAACUGCAAACUUAACUUGUGCCAAGAAUGCCAGAAACGCACCCACAGUGGAAGCAGCAGGAAGAAACACCAGCUAACAUCUUUUCCUCCACCACCUAAACCUGCAGAGGUCAACACUGUCCAAGCAUCCAUUCAGCCUGCUGUUGAAAUAGUCGAUGAAAUCAAAUCUCAGAGGGCAAAACUACUGGAGAAGGUGUCCAGUUUUCUCUUGGUCGAUGAGAAUGAGGAAAUGCAGGUAAAAGAUGAAGCUUCAUUUUUGAAUACCCUGAGCUGUAUCCCAGACCAGCUGCUGAAGGUGGUGUCCAUCUUUGGUAACACGGGAGAGGGCAAAUCUCACACCCUCAACCACACAUUCUUUUUGGGGAGAGAGGUGUUCAAGACUUCUCCAACACAAGAAUCGUGUACGGUGGGCGUGUGGACAGCCUUUGACCCCAUCCACAAAGUAGUGGUCAUCGAUACGGAGGGCCUGCUUGGAAACAGUUCGAAACAGGGCCAGAGGACCCGUCUCUUACUGAAGGUGCUAGCCAUCUCUGAUUUUAUUAUCUACCGCACCCAUGCCGACCGGCUUCACGAUGAUCUCUUCAAGUUCCUCGGCGACGCCUCGGAUGCCUACUUGAAGCAUUUCACCAAGGAGCUGAAGGCCACGACAGCACGCUGUGGGCUGGAUGUUCCUCUGUCGACCCUGGGUCCUGCAGUUGUUAUCUUCCAUGAAACGGUUCACACUAAGUUGCUUGGCUCAGGUAAGUCGUCAGAGUCAGUAGACCGGCUGCUGUUGGAGCGCUUCAGGAAGGUUUCCCGUUUUCCCGAGGCCUUCAGCUCAGUCCAUUACUGUGGCACGCAGACUCUCAACCCACCUACCGACUUCCAUGGCCUACAGAACAAACUGGCGCAGCUCCUGGAUAACAACGCUACCCGUUCCCCACGCACUCCUGUGGUUAUCUUCAAAGCACUGCAGGCACUGAGUGAGCGUUUCAGUGGCGAAGUAUCUGGUGAGCUGGUGUCCCAUAGCUGCUUCUUUCCUGAUGAAUACUUCACCUGCUCCAUCCUGUGCCUCAGCUGUGGGUCUGGCUGCAAGAACAGCAUGAACCACAUCGCAGAGGGCGUGUGCCACAAGGCAAAGCAUCGCUGCCGUUACUCUCCUCAGUAUGAUAACCGCAUUUACACCUGCAAGGCUUGCUACGAGGGAGGAAAGGAAGUGGUAGUCGUCCCUAAGACCUCGGCUUCCUCAGACUCUCCGUGGAUGGGCCUCGCCAAAUACGCUUGGUCCGGGUAUGUUAUCGAAUGCCCCAACUGUGGAGUGAUCUAUCGGAGUCGCCAGUACUGGUAUGGGAACCAGGAUCCUGUGGAUACAGUCGUGCGCACUGAGAUCCAGCACGUAUGGCCAGGAUCGGACGGCUUCUUAAAGGACAAUAACAACGCAGCACAGCGUCUUCUGGACGGAGUCAACCUAGUGGCUCAGUCUGUGACAGAGCUCAGCGUCAAGCCUGCCAAGGCCGUCACCUCUUGGCUGACGGAUCAGAUCGCUCCAGCCUACUGGAAACCCAACUCCCUCAUCUUGGUGUGUCACCAGUGUCACGCAGUCUUCCAGGACAACGACACCAAGCAUCACUGCCGUGCCUGUGGGGAAGGCUUAUGCGAUGGCUGCUCUUCCAAAGCCGCGCCCGUCCCCGAGAGAGGCUGGGGUCUUGACCCUGUCAGAGUCUGUGACGCCUGCUUCGAGCAGAGAGCCUCAUGCGAAGAGCGGCUUGAAACAGAGCCUGAGGAGGAGGAAGGUGGAAUCCUGGCCAGGAAGGUUGGAGAGGUGGUCACUAAUACCAUAGGGGUUGUCGUGACUGCGAUUGACAUCCCACUCGGUCUGGUGAAAGACGCGGCCCGUCCUGCUUACUGGGUGCCGGACCAGGACAUCCUGUCCUGCCACAACUGCCAGCGCGAGUUCACUGCCAAACUGUCCAAGCAUCACUGCCGCGCCUGUGGCCAGGGAGUGUGCGACGACUGCUCCCCAGAGCGCCGGCCGGUUCCGUCGCGGGGCUGGGAUCAUCCCGUGCGCGUGUGCACCAGCUGCAACCAGAAAGCGGGAGAACUUUAACAGGGAUGGCCUUCCUUUCCUCAGAGAGCCAGAGAGAGAGAGAGAGAGAGAGAGAGAACCGACCACUCACACAGCUCGCAGUCUUAUCACUGCUUUACCUCCGUUACACCAGUGGUUCUGCCUCGUAUCUGUGGCAAGGAAGUUUUUAGUCGCAUAUAUAGGACAUUUAGCAGACUUGGGAUUUCAGCGUUUCCUGUGGCCUUUGUAGAGCAGCCAGAACACACGAGUCGAGUGUGAAACCUAUCCUUUCCACUCCGCGGUGACUCUUAAUGACACAAAUCCCACAUUUUUACGUUCAAUACAGCCAUUCAGCUAUUUUUCUACUCUCAGAAAAUAUUUUAACGAAAAGUGUAUCAUUUAAAGAAUGCUAGAUAGUUGAGAACCCCAUGGGAGUUUGGCGUGAUUAGUUUCCAGCAGUUUCUCUGACGUAGUGCGUGUAAUGGCGAGGGAAUCUAUAUCUGCAGGCUCCAUUGCAUGCUGUAUUGCAACAUUUUUGUUUUUGCACUAAGCCUUUUUUUCAGCUGUUAUAGGCUGUAGCGUACCAUGGCUAAAACCCAGAUGUCCAGAUUAUCAAGAAUUUCUGUCCCUAACUCAUAUCUAAGGUCUGGAAGAGAGUGAGUGGAUAUCUGGUGUGCCAAAAGUCAUUCAGGUCAAUGUGUCUGUGCUAGUGUAAUGUCUUUAUUUUAUUUUUUGUUUAAAUCAUGUCAUUUGUGGUCGUUAAAAAAAAAAAAAAAAGCAUAGAAGCAAUGUUAGAGGAGUGUAAAUUUCAUAUGUUUAAAACUAUUUAUGUUCCGAAGAAAGAAAAUUACUUACUCGUGGUAUGCAUGAUAGCCUUUGAGAGAUCCAUGGCCUUUUAUUUGUUCAGAGCACAGACUCCGAAUAAACCUCACUUUUUAUUAUUGUUAUUAUUAUUAUUAUUAUUAUUAUUAUUACUACUAUUAUUAUUAUUAUUAUUAUACCAAGCAGCAUUUUUAAGUGUGUACACAUUCUCAAAAAACCUAUGUCUCAUGUUUCAAUUGUUUUUUUUAUGUUAUUUUAUGUUAUCAUAUGUAUGGAUAUGGUUUUGCUAAAUGUGAAAUAUCUAAAUUAGUCUUCAAACCAGUUUGAUGUGUUACUACGUUCAUGCCUCCAGGUCGUCCGUCUGACAGGAUGAUAACAAAGCUCACAGCUCAUUUGAGUUGUUAUAAUAUUGUAUCAUUUUUUUUGUUGUUUUUUUUUUUUUACAUUAGUUGUACUGUACGGAUAUUUAUAUUCUUUUGUAGUUACCACAUGUGAACGGAAACCUUUCCCCCCCAUAUUUAGUUUUUUUUCUGUCUGUCAACGUACACAUUAAAAAACAGAUGCUCAAACAUAGCAAUGACAGAAUACCGGACCCAUGUCAAGUGACUUGAGAUUUAACUUGUCUGUUUUUUUGUUGUUGUUUUUUGGCUUGAUUGAGUAGCAAGUCACAUGAUGGAUAUCAUACAAAGCACAAAGUGAUGCCUUUGAAACACACAUGGUUGUAUUUUAUUUUUAAAAAUAAGGGUAAAAAAAAAAAAAAGGGUCUUAUGUUGUUAAUGAUUGUAAGCUUUGUAGAUAAAGUGAACACUAAUCUUUUGCUCCUUACCUGGAACUUUUUGGUUCUGCUGAGAGGAGAUGUUGUUGUCUGCCUAUCUCAAAAUAGAUUUAUCUGUAUGAAUGUUGCAUCACCCACACACACACACACACACACACACACACGCCGUCCUCUGAAAUACUAAUGUUGCACAGGAUAGAUUAGGGAAUACAUCAUGUCAGAUCACUUGUACAGGACUCCAUUCUCAUGCGAGUACGUGCGGUCUGUUGAUCCUAAUAUUCUGCUGUGUGGUGGUGGUGGUGUCCUUUCUUUUCCUUUCUUUUCCUUUCUUUCUAGGCCGCGUGCCAAUAUGAACACUCCUCACCUACACACUAUAAAUCUAACAGGAUCGACCGACUGGUGUUUUUAAAGAAAAAACUUGAAAACUGACUUGAAAUGUUGGUGUGUGGAUAUGUGGCUGAAACUGAUGGAAGAUUUGCAUAUGAUUAAAGGUGUAUCUGGA